AAGAAAGAAAGAAAGAAAGAAAGAAAGAAAGAAAGAAAGAAAGAAAGAAAGAAAGAAAGAAAGAAAGAAAGAAAGAAAGAAAGAAAGAAAGCUGGAGGGUUGAUAUCUCCGAGGAACAUAUCAAAAGAAGAAGAAUUCUGAAAAACUCUGAACUUCUGUCUCGGCUGUCUGUGUCUGGGACUCACAGAGCUGUGAACCCUGGUAUCCAGAGAUACUGGCAGAGGGCCUCACUAUAUUCUGUCUAGAACAUUCCCCCGCCCCUUGUCUGGCCAUGGCUCCGUCCCUGGCCACAGCAUUCGCCAGGCGGUGGUGGAUGGCGUUGACAGCCAUCAUAGAGAACCUGUUUUUCUCAGCUGUCCUGCUGGGCUGGGGAUCACUACUCAUCAUGCUGAAGUCUGAAGGUUACUACUCCUACAUGUGCAAUGGAGAAGGGAACCACACCUCCUCCCCCAACCUGUCUGUCCCCCGCCCUCCACCAGGGGUCAAUGAUGAAUACAGUGAUUACUACUCAGAGGAGGAGGGUGUGGUGGGGCUGGGGGAUGGAGUAGAGAUGAGGCCUCUGGCUCCCCAGGACCAUUACGGACCCGUGAGGAUGAACGGCUGGCUCAUCUGUCAGGACCAGGAUGAGAUGUUGAACCUGGCCUUCACCGUGGGAUCAUUUCUCCUCUCAGCCAUCACUCUGCCGCUGGGCAUCGUCAUGGACAAAUACGGACCACGAAACCUACGACUACUGGGCAGUGCCUGUUUCUCCUUUUCCUGUCUCCUCAUCUCCUACGGUGCAUACAAUCCUGAUGAGCUGUCUGUACUCGUCUUCAUCGCUCUGACGUUCAACGGCUUCGGAGGCAUGUGCAUGACCUUCACCUCUCUCACGCUCCCUAACAUGUUUGGUAAUCUGCGUUCUACAUUCAUUGCUCUGAUGAUCGGCUCCUAUGCCUCCUCUGCUGUCACCUUCCCUGGAGUCAAGGUGAUCUAUGACCUUGGUGUGACCUUCAUCACCAUCAUGGUUGUCUGGGCAGCCUGUUCUGGCCUCGUCUUCUUUAACUGCUUCUUCAACUGGCCUCUGGAACCCUUCCCUGGCCCCGAGGACAUGGACUACAGUGUGAAGGUAAAGUUCAGUUGGCUGGGUUUUGACCACAAGAUCACAGGGAAGCAGUUUUACAAUCAGGUGACCACGGUGGGGAAGCGUCUGAGUGUGGGCAACAGUCUGAAGCAGAGAGAGCUGGCCACUAAGGAAGGACACAGACUCUGUCUCUCAACCAUGGACCUGGAGGUCAGCAGAAAACCCAAGGAGGAAUCCCAGUCGUUCAUGCAGAGCAUCAGCAGCCCUCUCUUCAUCCUCUCUCUAGUCACCAUGUCCAUCACUCAGCUCCGUCUCAUCUUCUACAUGGGAGCCAUGAACAACAUCCUGGAGGCCCUCAGCGAUGGAGACCUCAUCACUG